AUGGUGAACCAACGAACCCCGUCUCAACACAAUUCGACCUUGUUCAUUCUGCCGCACAUUGCUACCCGCCGACAACUCUUCAAGACACCCCCAAACCCUUCUACAAAGCUCUUGGACUCACCAGGGUCUCAUUCGUUUUUUCUUGAACGAAGUGUUACAGGUGAAGGAAAUGAUUCUGAUCCACUUACUCUCGUCGAGAGGCUACGCUUGUGGCGUCAUGAUGCUCUCAUGCAACAUCAAUAUCAAACAGCUGCAUUUGUGGGAGAUAAAGUACUCUCCUUGACCCACGACGCCAAUGAUGCUUUCUGGUUGGCUCAAGUAUAUUACAAUAGCGGGCAAUAUUUGCGAGCGAAGGAGCUUAUACUGGGAAAACCUGAAUACGAAAAGUCAGUUACGUGCCGAUAUCUCGCUGCUCGAAGUGCCAUUAAGCUAGAAUUGUGGGAUGAAGCAUUGGAUCUUGUAGGUGAAAAUAACCCAUUCAGCGACCGUUCAGAUCGUGCUCGUGGAGAAAGAACUAUUCUUUCAGAUAAUAAGCGUACAGAACAGCCCCCAAAAGAAGUUGGUGACGGGGGAAUAAAACUCGAAGCGUCGAUGUGCUACUUGAGAGGAAUGAUUUAUGCCAACCAGAAUAAUUUUGAAAGAGCCAAAGAAUGUUACAAGGAGGCCUUGGUGGUAGAUGUCAAGUGCUAUGAGGCAUUCAACGAACUUGUGUCUAAUAGCAUGAUGAUGCCAGCUGAAGAAUGGGACUUUGUGCAAAAUCUUCGUUACGAUGAUGAUUUAAUAAGGCUAUUGUAUUGCAGCCGCUUGAGCAAGUACGUGAACCGCGCGCGGUACGAGGAGGCCGAUACCAUUCUCAACCAAGAAUACGAACUACAUGACAAUAAUGACCUACUCGUCAAUAGGGCCAAUUAUUUAUAUGUUCUGUGCAACUUUGACGAGUGUCUACAAGUUUGUGAAAAAGUGCUAGCACAAGACCAUCUCAACUUUGAAAUACUUCCCCUCUACUUUAGCUGUCUUUACGAAAAUGGCGGGAAAAACAAGCUCUUUCUCAAGGCACACCAAUUGGCCGAUACCCAUCCAACAGAUCCCGUAACUUGGUUGGCUAUAGGCACCUACUACUUGCUGGUCAAUAACCUCCCCGAAGCUCGAAAAUUCUUUUCAAAGGCGACUCUUUUGGAUCCAAACCAUGGCUAUGCCUGGAUAGGUUUCGGCCAUACAUUUGCUGCCGACGGUGAACACGAACAGGCUAUGUCCGCGUAUGCUUUUGCUGCUCGUCUCUAUCCUGGAACUCAUCUUCCCCAUCUAUUUUUGGGCAUGCAACAUUUUCUCAUGAACAAUUUCAGUCUCGCCCAAGAGUAUCUCCAGUCACUGUACCAGAUCUGUGCCACAGAUCCCCUCCUUCUCAAUGAACUCGGAGUGGUCUGCUUCCAUCGUAAUAAUCUAUCUCGAGCCCAAGCAUAUUUUGAGGAAGCGCUUGCAGCCGCUAAGCACCUCAAUGCCGACUCCAAAGCUUGGAUAUCGAUACACACUAAUUUGGGACACACGUUUCGUCGGUCCAAGCAACUAGAAAAAGCACUAGAAUGCUUUCAGCAAGUACUCCGUCUUAGCCACAAAGAUGAUGCCAGUAUUUUGGCGGCCGUUGGACUUGUUCACUUGAAGUUGGGGAAUGCUUCAAUGGCAGUGGAAUCGCUUCAUAAUUCACUCGCGAUAUCUCCAUCGAAUCCAAUUGCAAACGACCUCCUCAAGAGAGCGUUGGAGUUGAGUCGAGACUCGUUUGCGUCGGUUCAAGUGCCUGGAAUACCCAAAUCAAAGAGACUAGACGAUAAGCAAGAUGUUAGUGAACUCGCCGAAUCGCUAAAGAGAGGUGAGGAGUCAAGUGAAGAUGAAGAAAUGGAGAUUGAAAGCGACUAA